AUGAGUCCACAGCGCUCUGUAGUUCCCUUGGAGUCCAAUCCCGACAUUUUCACCCGCUUUGCUCAUAGCCUGGGCCUCUCGUCUGACUAUGCAUUUCACGACAUUUAUUCACUAACAGACCCGGAUUUGAUGGCAUUCUUGUCCCGGCCGAUGAAAGCAAUAGUACUUCUUUUCCCGCUCAAUUCGUUUUUUGAAGCUGCAAAAGAAGACCACUCCGGGGAUCAAACAGCCGAUCUUGAUACCCAUGCUCCAACCAAGCAAAACCCGGUUUGGUUCAAACAGACUGUGAAGAACGCAUGUGGGCUAUACGCUUUACUACAUUCUUUGUCAAACAACCCAGAGCUUCUGGAAAAGGAUUCGAAAUUGGAGCACUUUUUGAAGCACAAUAAGAGGGUCGAUAAUAAAUAUGCCGAUGACCAAACCGACGACUUCAUCGUGUCCAUUAAUGAAAUGUACAACGAAAACUCAUCCCUGGGACAGACCGAAGCACCCAGCGCCGAGGACGAAGUAGACUUGCACUACAUCACUUUCAUUGACUACCAAGGUUGCCUAUUCGAAAUGGACGGUCGGCGUCCUAACGGUGCGAAGUUUAUCGGCAAAGCAUCUGCAGGAGACCUGCUAGAAGAUCCUUUAGUCAAGAAAAGUACCCAAUGGUACAUGGACAAUGCUGAAGAGAAGGCGAAGAUGCAGUUUUCUCUAUUGGGUCUUGCGCCCAAGUGGGAUUAG